AGGGGUCUGAAAUAAUUAUCAUCUAGGACGAGGGUUGAUCUGACCGGAAGGACCGUUUGAAACUCUCUUAUGAAAACAGAGGUGGGGUGUUGGAAACAAGAUGGCGCGAUGGUUGUCUUCCCCGAUUUAUACCAGCAGCCCGGAAAUGCCAAUAGAUGUAAAGGAUGGGGUGUCGGUCGUCCUCCUGGAAGAUGGGACGUGGACGGACCUUGAACCAGCAUAUCAAACCGUAAUGCUGAAAGGGGAGGACGCGUUUCUGUGGAUAGAGACGGUGUGGGCUAAUGUCAGCUUGACGAGGUUGUCGCCGAGCUUAAUGGAUUUGGAGUUCCGAGGGACAGUGGAAGCUCGAGGGUGGGUCUACUUGUCGCAAGACGGGGAGAAUGCUAUGGUCAUAGAGUUGGCACUCGGAAAUACGCCGGACGAAUUGUUUAGGAAGGCAGAAGCGGAGGUUGUGCGGGCUGCGUGUCAGUGGAGGAAAAUGGAAAUGGAAAGGGUAGACGCGCGGGUGGAGCUUGGGGAUAGAGGAAGCAUGAGGCGACCUGUCAGAACCAUGCGAUGUGUGCUGCCUCCCUUCCUCGUCGAUGCGGUUUUCGAAACCCGAAGCAGGCUAGUACGGAUAUGCCAGUCCAUGACGAACCUCGGACUAUACCAGUGCGUUAGGCAAGACUUCUUUUGGUUGUCGGUAGAAACGGGGCCGUUUGAGGGGAACUGGGCGGACGAGCUGGCUGAGAUACUAAACUGCCUUCGCGCCAGCCCUAGGUUGCUCAAAGGGCUUAGACAAUUGUUGACUCGGCGGCAAGUAGAGAUAGACAAGAACCACGAGGCACCAGAAGAAGAAAGGGAGGAGGAAGCCCCGCAAGAGGUCGCUAACCUUCAAAGGAGUCGCGGGGAUUUAGAGGAUCUUGAGAAAGCUUUUGCAGACAUCGGUUUGAGCUUGCGAGACCGAGAAGGUGGUGAGGUCAUGAGGGCCCCCCCUGGAAUAAAGCUUAGCUUCCAUGCGCUACCCGUGGGGAAGUUGAAAAUCCAAAUCGGGACUCAUCAUACCGAUGCAUUAGUAGACGGGGGAGCGGAAAUUACUCUCAUAAGGAGGAAUUUCGCAACGAUCAUGGGCUAUACGGUAAAUAAGGAAGUAACAGGGAGCAUCCGGGGAGCCGGUGGGGAAAUCCCGUUCGCUGGGUAUGUCACGAAAUGCGCAGUCAAGGCGGGAGUCAGGGAGUCGAUCUGGUCGUUCCAACGGAUGACAGUAAUGGAGGAAAUGGACCACGAUAUAAUCCUCGGGAGACCGUGGUGCGCAAACGUGGAAAUAAUAGGCAUGCACUUGCACGAUGGCACGUACAUGGUGGACAUAGAGGACCCAGUGACUGGCAGGGGAGAGCUCCUCCGACUUCUAGGGACAGGAGGAGACCCUCCGAAGGGGAAGUUUGCAACAUGGUCGCCGUCGUUCGAAGAAAGCGCACGAAAAGGGGCUUUUGCGCUGAUGGAGGGCAUGAGAGAAAGGGUAGAAAUUAUGAUUGAGGAGGCGUUCAACAAGAAGGAAUAGAUCAAGAUGGGCCUGCCCCAGAAGAAGAGGAGGCAGGAGGAGGAAAUCUUGGGUGUUAUGGUGGCAGAAAAGGAAUCAGAAGUCGAACUCGGUGCCAACCUACC